UAGAGCCCGGAGAGCCGAGGCUCGCCCGUGGAAUAAUUGAUCCAAUCGAAACUCGCCUCGCUCCCGCCACGUUUUGUGCACUGACGCGACGCUCUUUAUGUAAGCUCCGCAAUCGCGCAUCCCGCUGCUUCGUCCACAGCUUUACCCGUAACGAAAAGAUCCCGUAUGUGUUCUGUGUCAUGUUCUUUUGCUUCGUAUAUCCUUUUGACGAAUUCAUUUCUCGAUACGAAUGACCGAAACGAAGAUAACGAGCGAGCAACAACAAGUGUCUUGAUUAAGUGCUACACUACCCUUGCGUCUCGUCACCCUCGUCGAAUCGCAACCUGUUUUACCAUAUAAUCCGCAUCGAAAGUUUCGUAUCACGUUCGUUCACUUAAGAAGAUUUCUGCCUCGACGACUUUUAGCUUCAUUGGUGGAGCGCGGGUAGCUAGGGAACAGGACGCCGUUCGAUACAUUCGAAUACUAUGAAGACAUGCUUCGAAAGAGCCUGUUGAUACUUCCAUGUCGACCGCAAUGAUGAACAGUACUUCAAUGAUACGUCACAAUAAAGAAUAUUCAAGAAAGAUUCUUCGAUUCGGAUGCGUGUUGAAGUGAGAUUCAAUUCGAAGAAAUAAAAAGAAUUGUUUUGAAAUAAAGUGUCAAAAAUAACAAAUUCAUUGAGAAAUAAUGAAUUCGUCCAAACUGUUAUAUUUGGAAUAAUGCAUUGCUCGGUCGAUCGGAAUAUAAAAAAACAGAGGCAUCCUGAUAAGGUUAAGAAGAGGGCAAGGGUUAAGCUGAGCGGAUCAAAGGGGAUCUUCGUGGUGGCAGGAUGAUAUUCCGUAGUGGGGGGUGUGGCUCGACGCGACGCCUACGUAGAACGUAGACCCGUGAUAUAGUACAGUUUGUGGUGGUAUCACGAAACAGUUGGUGAGGUAGAGGCAGUGAAGAGUCGAAGGUGUAUGUACCGCCGCGCGGCGCUGUUGUCGCCAUCGUUUGGUACCACCACGAUUGCACCGACGCCGCCACCACCACCACCACCACUGCUGUUGGCCACCCCUCGUCCGGUUUAUGUUUCUGACAGUGGCCCGAGCGAGCGGUGACAGCCAAGCCAGCAGUCGUCGGUGCGUCGUCGUGCUGUACGUAGUGUUAUCUCUGCGCGGUGUGUAUCGUGAAUACUUUUACCGCGUGGCCGGCUAGCUGUCAAACGUGCGAGCAAUCAAUCGACUUAUCAAACUAUAGCUCUUCCGGGGUAUUGAUAUUAAUAAAUACCAAGCUUGUCCGAUAAAAUCAUUGCCCCUCACUGUGUCAAGUGUUUUUGUUGCAUCGAGACAACGUUGUUUUUCCAGACAAGCGAUCGAUACGAUUGUUUUUUUUAUCUUGAAGAAAGAAGGAAAAGAAAAAUAUAAACGAGAGAAAGAUCGAGACGAUUUUUGGAGUGAUCCGAUGAAAUAAAAUGUGCAUCGUUCUUAAAUUUAUCCUCUCGAUAUUAUCGACCAACGGAUCGUUCCCAUUUAUCUCGCGAUCAACGCUUAUACGUAAUCUUUCAUAACGUAAACGUAGGCGCGUCGUUUCUUCGAAAACUGAUUUCGAAAGUGAGGAAAGUGCUUUGAAAGAUUUCGGCAUUUCGGUAUACGAUCAUUGAAUAUGACCGAGUUGGCAAAAGAAGCUUUCGCCUCGCGCAAUUAUCGCUUAGCUGUAGAGAUGUACGAGCGUAGUUUGAAGCAGCAAGCACCGAGUUUUGAGGUGCUCGUCGGCUACGGAGAUUCCUUGGCCAAAUGUGGACGUAUCAGAGAGUCCAUUGGUGUUUACUCGAAAUGUUUAGCGGUGGGAUCUGUGGCACCGGAGCGACUGAAACAUCUGGCGAACGCUUUGUUGGACGAAUUGUCUGGGGCUGCGACUACAACCAUCAAUUUUCGAAGAAAAAUCGAAACGUCUUUCGCGUGCCCCUUGUGCGAGGGAACACUGUGCCAACCGGUGACAUCGAACUGCGGCCAUACGUAUUGCAAAAAUUGCGUGGAGCCGGGCAAAGGCUGUCGCGUGUGCGGGCAGAAAAUCGUCACUGUGAGUGAGACGAAUGUGUUAGUGCAGAGACUGGUGGAAAAGUGGUGGCCGCGAGAAGCAGAGGCCAGCAGGGCUAGACACGAGGGUGAUAUUCUGAUGAAAGAGGGACACUUGGGUCAAGCCCUCGAGAGAUACAAUUUGGCGGUUCAUCUUGCGCCAAACAGCCCACUCCAUCUUAGCAACAGGGCUCACGUUUUGCUCCUGCUGAAUAGACCUCAAGCCUCCCUCACGGAUGCUGAUCAUGCUGUUAGACUACGACCGGACUGGGGCAAGGGUCAUUACAGACGAGGGGUGGCUUUGUCCGCGCUAGGAAGACACGAGGAGGCACUGUUUGCUCUUUGCAUUAGCGUCGCUAUUGACAAGAAUCCGCAAGCUGUGCGUCACGAAUUAAUCAAGGUGCUGCACAAAGUGUUGUCGUCAGGGCAUCGUCGAUACAGCCUCCUUCCAUCACGUGCCCCUUACAAUCUGACCGAGGGCGCGUCGCGCGCCAGAAGUCGCCACCAGUUGAUUAAUUCUAAAAGAAACCGGAGGGCGGCGUUCAAUGCCUCCGAUUGCGAAGACAACAGCAGCGGUGGAGAAGAGGAAUUCACUCAGACUGUUAGCAGAAGGCUCCUGUCAACCACAGCCCCACAAAACAACGUGAAGCUUCAAGCUGGCCUAGAUCAUCUCUACCAAGACAUUGAAAAGCUGAAAAGACUCGAAACAAGAUCCGCCGAGAUUCUCCUUCCGCCUCUUUCCGGUGGUACAGCUGGUGAAUUGGACUGCAUCUUGUGUUGUCGACUCCUAUGGAAACCCGUAACAACUCCAUGCGGACAUACGUAUUGUUGGAUGUGUUUGGAUCGCUGCUUGGAUUAUUCCUCGGCCUGUCCUUUGUGCGUCACUUCACUUGCUGAUUAUUUGGCCAGCAGCCAGAAGACAGUGACGGAUUUCAUAGAGAGGGCUUUGAAAACGGUUGCACCCGUGGAAUACGCCUCGAGGGCAGCCAGCCACCGACUAGAGCUCGUCCAAGGACUUGGCCUUCUGGGUAGUGAGCAGAUCGCUGUUUUCGUUUGCACUACGGCAUUUCCAUGUGUCGCAUGCCCGUUGUUUGUGUACGAGCCGAGAUACAGGUUGAUGGUGAGGAGAUGCGUGGAGAGCGGUGUCCGCCAGUUUGGUAUCGCUGCAUGUAUCAACCGAGAGGCUACGGGAACCAGAAGAUAUGCGGAAUAUGGAACCAUGCUUGAGAUUCGAGAUAGAGUGUUGUUGAAAGAUGGCUGCAGCAUUUUGAGUACAGUUGGUGGAAGAAGAUUCAGAGUUCUCUCUGGAGGGGAAAGGGAUGGUUACGAUACAGCUCAAGUAGAAUUCCUCAGGGAUACGAUGGUUCAGGAUGAUCAACUGUUGAAUCUUCUAGAAUUGCACGACAAGGUGAGGACGAAAGGCAGAAGAUGGUGGGACACGGUAUCGUUGUCCCAGCAAUUGGAAAUCCAGCGAGUAUUCGGUCGAAUGCCAGACACGGAGGAGGAUUGGCCACGUUUACCGGAUGGCCCGUCGUGGACAUGGUGGUUAUUGGCUAUAUUGCCGCUUGGCCCGCAGUUGCAAGUGGGAAUUGUGGGCACAACCAGCUUAGAGAAGAGAUUAAGAGCCAUCGAGAAGACUCUGGAUCACAUGGAGCAGAGGCAAUUGACGGUGGCCCCUGCCACUUCCGAGGAAACGACCACUUCCUCCAGCAUAUGCCGUGACGAGGGUGGUUUAACGGACACCACGGUGUCGUUGGUCCAGUAAUUCUUGGAAAAGAAGAAACGAAGAAGGAAGAGGAUAAUACAAUAGUCUUAGAAUUCAUUUCGAGAUGGCGUUUCGAUAGGGGAUUUCAUUCGAUGUACAAAGUACUUGGAGAAGAAUAGCUUACAUUGACUACUUUUUACUCGAUAUUUAAUAUAAAACGCAAUUAUAUCCGAAAGUGAGGCGAGGGAUUACUUGUAGCCCUUCAGGUUCAUCCAUAUUUAACUCCCGUUAGUUACGUUUUAACUCGAGUACCGAAUCUCUAUUUCUCUCUUUAUUGGUACUCGUUAAACUUUUACCAAACCCGAUCGCCUUAUUGACGGAACGAUGAUGAAUGCAUGCGAUUAGCAUUUAAUGAUUUUUCGAGCGUCGAGUUGAUUCCAAGCGAAUUAUAUUACAUGCAGCAAUAUAUGUUAUCGUUACGAAAUUAAUUAGCAGAUCGAUCGUUUUAUAUUCAAAAAAAAAAAUGGAGAGAUUUGUUUCAAAAAUCAAAAGAAAUUGAACAAAAUUGAUUUCGAAUGAACUAUAACGAUAUAGCAAUAUUUAUUCGUAUUGUAAAAUUAAUAUAUAUAUUUAUAUCAAAUAUAUAUUUUAUAUUCGAAAUUUAUCAUUGAAAAUUAUAACCAAACAUUAAUGAAUCUAAAAGAAAACGAUUUUUAGAACGAAUUGUAACAUAUAAUAAUAUUAUACUUGUUACAAGAUUAACUCAAUAUAAAUCGAUCGAUUGUCAAAUGUACGUUUUAUAUUGGAAAAAUAUUUUUUACGUUUACUGAUGUUACGAAAUCCGAUUAAUCGACCAAAAGAAGUAAACGAUAGAGCAACAUAUCGAAGAGGAAGAAAUGUAAAAAUGCGGAUAUCGUUUACCUCGGUAAGGCGUGACGGUAUUAUUCGCGCUGUUGCAAUAUGCAAAUCUGUUCUUCCAGAUAAUAUUAUAUAUAUAUAUAUAUAUAUAUGUAUCUAUAUGUAUACACAUUUAUGUAUACACACGUAUAUGAGCAUAUUAUACGUUGCAAUCAGAGGUACGCAUCGUCGUCGUCGUCGUCGUCGUUUACGCUUAUGUUGUUCGUACCCGACGAGAGAAACUUUUUAUCUUCGAUACAAAUCACGCGGAUAUAUACUCAUAACGAUGGUACAAUUAAUUAGAACGAGGAACGAGACUUAAUCUGUAUGGUAAUAAUUCGUCGUGGGUGUGCUGAGUACAAAACUUUGUGUAACACGCGAAUUAGAGAAAAACGCACGUAUUUAGAUUUGUGGAACCAGUUUUAGAUCAUUCGAGAUUCCAUAAUUUGGGAUAUGAAAAUUGUAUACGAUUGUGUUUCGAUUUUCUUUUAUCCAUUGAAAAAUUGUAAUUGAUUCUUGAGAUUCAAAUUCAAAAUUUUUAAGGAUUAAUUUAUAAAUGUAAUAUCUUGUCACUUUUGAAAUGUUAAAUGAAGCUAGAUCAGUAUAUAAAUUACAUUUUUUGAAAAUGUUGACAAGUUAAUUAAGUAAUUUCAAUAGAUAUUAAGUAUUGUAACUUAAUUAAUUUGUCAAUUUAAACUAUAAAAGAAUUCUUGAAUUGUCAUAAAUCAUUUGCAGACAAUGUAAUUUAUAUUUGAUUGAACUUAUACUUCUUGUCUUGUAUUCACAUUUUUUGGAACAAUUUUACAAUAUCCCAUGGAAUGUACCGACAUAGAUCGAUAAAUAUAGCGAUUGAGUUAGAUCUAGGAAACGUUAUAAUUCGAAGAAACGAGAAAUUUAAACGUGGAACGUUCUAUUUUCACUCAGCUUCUCGUAACGAGCCAUAAAUUGUUGGAGAGAAAUUUACAACAACGACCAGUUUACGGAAAAAAAAAGAAAAAAAGAAAAAAAGAAAAAAAGAAAAAAAAAAAGGUGUUGAUGGUGGCACGAAACUCAAUUUUUUAUACUAUCUGGCCUGUAUUCAAAACGCUCUAGUAGAACAAACUAUACUCCUUUACUUUCCAUAUAAAACGAUCUUUAUAAUAAUAAUAACAACAACAAUAUUGAAAUUCUUAUUAUGACUAUAUUUCUUCUUUAAAUAUCGUCGAUGUUCAACAUAAAUGAUAAUUUAUAUUUAUAAAAUCUGUCGGAGAAUGUUUUAAAUUCUAAGGAGAGAGGAAAAAAAAAAAAAAGAAAAAAAAAAUGAUAAUUAUAAGCAAUCGUUGAGAGAAUUGAUAACUAAUUCUUAAUCAAAAUUAGCGAUCUAACGUUGAUAAUCAUAAUCUAUACUCACCGAGUAAAAUCGUAAAAUUUGCGUCCAAACUGAAAUUAUUCGUGUCGUUAAUCGAGAAGGAAUAUAUUGCAAAAAAGGAAAAAAAAAAAUUAUAUUUGCUAUUAAUUUAAAGGAAAAAAAAGGAAAAAAAAAAAAAAAAGAAAGAAAACGUCGUUUUCAAACGCUCGUGAAACAAAAGGUGUAUCGUUUAGUGAUAAUACAGUGUUAUGAAUACGAGCCUUUAAGUUUAUUCCGUCGCUCAUAAGACUUCUCGACUACGGUAGCGUAUAGUAAUUUAUUUUCAUGCGAUUUUUUAAACGAUCAUUCGAAAGAUACAUAACGAUCAUGUCAGAAGAGCUAGGGAACGUCAUAUCAAUCAUGCAAUCAAACGUUAUAAAGAGUGAAAAAAAAAUUAGAGGAGGAUAGAUGAAAAUAAAAGAAACGAAAAAGAAAAAAAAAAGGGAGGAAAGAAAAGAACCAUACGCGUCUGUUGUCCAUGAUA